UAGAUACAAUAUAAUCUGCGCAUUCACAAAUACAUAUUUUCUGAAAAUAUGUCAAUACGUGACUAGAAGUUAAUGUAGUUUGUAAACAUUCAUUAUGUGUUUGUCCUUCCCAGAGUUUAAAUGCUUUUGAUAGUAUAUGGAUUAUCAUGUCUUUGGAACUCUGCAAGACCCUUAAAUACCUAGAGAGGCAAGAUGCUCCACGCCUUAUUGUUUCUGGCAUUUUCCUCCAAGACGGUCGGGCAGCUUUCGUUGACAGAAAGAAUUCUAAACUUCUCAUAACCAACAUUGACAAAGAGUCGUAUGAUGAAGUCGAUCUCUGUGGCAUUUUGCCUUUUGAAUACCAACAAUCUGCGGAAGGAAAAGAGUCGCAAUCAAACGACAGGGCGGAAUUCAAAACACAGACUGCAGCAUAUGGGUUUUAUCAGGAAAAAGAUGAAAAAGUAUAUGGAAAGAAGGGCAAACAAACACGCAAGAGCAAUAAUCCUCAGCCAUCCGAUAUCAACAAAGGUUCGAGAGAAAAUGAGUUCGUCAUAACAUUUACGACGACCGACCACUCGAUUGCUGUUGUAUGCACGUUGAUGCUUCAGCCUCUCCGUCUCCAGAGGUCCUUCUCCGUUGUGGUGAGGGACAGGACAAGAACAGUAGUUGCACUGACUCCUGAAGUUUUCGCAGCAUCAACACCAGAGAAUAUCGUUGUUUUGUCCAAGGACGGCGAUAACCUGGCUAUGUUCAGACGACAGAAGAAAGACCGAGGCGGUCUUUUGAUGACAGACGGAAAAGGAAAACUAUACUUCGGAGAUGGCGACGAGUUCGUGGCAUGCAAAUGGGACGGCGUCAAACUUGCAGCAGUUUUGAGAUUUUCUGACCCUUCGAUGAAAUUUCCGCGUGGAUCCACAUUGAAUUCUUCCGGUCAGAUUGUUGUUUGUUGCGAUUCAUCUCACAAUAUUUUCAGCGUAUCGCCCGACGGAUCAGCUGGACAAAAGAUUUUCCUGGACAGGGGAAAAUCGUUCGGAGAUGUUGACGCUCAUCCAGACGGACGAAGGUACCUGGUCACAUUUUGGCAGGAGAAUGAGUGGCCACUUAUCUUGCAAAGAAGAGAGUAAAGCCGGUGACAAACGGAACCAAAUAUUAUCAAUUCUGCUGCAGUUUUAUUUGUGAUUUGUUUUUAAAAGAAAACACUCAAAACUAGUAAACUCAUGCAUACAUUUAUCAAUUAUAAUAACUAUUAUUUUCAUUCAACUGCUGUUUAUUCGUGAUUCCUUUGGAGAAAAUAUCCCGCAUUUACCAAUUUAACUUACUAUGAUGUCCAUGUAUGUUUAACAUGUAUGUAACUUCAAGUAUAAUGUAACAAUUGGUUGUCGAAGGCUGUGUCGUUUUUGUGUGAGAGCAAAAUCAAACACACGCAAAAUGCAUUCUUGAUUGGACGUAUUAAGUGUUUCCUAGAUGUUAAUAAUUUAAUACGUUUCUACAUACGUAGCGGAUUUAUUUCUGAAUGUGUGUUUUAGUUAAAUGGAAUGAAACGUGUUUUACUGACUGAACGAGUAUCUAAGUGGGUCAAUACUCUUAUAAAUACAUUAUAAGUGCUAAUAUUUACGUGAUGUAAAGCCUACUAGUAAUCAUAAAAAAUAGGGGUUGUGCCAAAGAUGUUUUAAAGGGUACUGCAUCCUGUCAUUUCUAGAGACCAGCAUGUACCCUAGCUAUCUUCAGCUUUCAUAUAACUGAAUGCUUAAGAAAAUCAAUUGUUCCUUUAGUUUUAUUGAAAAUAUUAUUACAUUAUUUUAAAUAUAUACAAACUUAGUUAAAAUCUGAAAAGGCUACCUCAAUUAACAAUUAAAUUCAAUUUUUCUAUCAUUGUCACUAAACGGCAAUUCAAAUAAUCAUAUAAAUAAGGUACAUGAUCUAAAGAUUUUUGUAUUGAAAUCAAAUGCUGUAAAAUCCUAAAACUUUGAAAUGACUACAAUUUUAAAUCAAUUUUAAAUUCAACACCCCUUUCUGUCAAUCAAGAAAAUAGUGGUAUUAUUUCAAAAACGUAUUUUGGCGAAAUGCUUUGCUGAUGCAAGGGGCAGGAGUAGUGUGUGUAUGUGUGUGUGUGAGGUGUGUGUGUGUGUGAGGGGGGGUAGGGUAACGGUACUCUUAAUCUGCUUGUGCUUAUGCAUAUAACUUCUUACUUGCAUAAACCUACCAGCUAGGUAAGUUUUAUAAAACCAGUAUUGAUGUGGUUUAGCCUAUUGACGUACAUCAUCAAUAGUACAAUAGUUUUAAUGGAAGGGCACUUUAAUGAUAUUAACGAUACAGUUAAUGUAGAUUUGUGUUAUAUUUCAUCAGCCUAUGUAUAUUUAUGAAAAGUUUAUUGAAUAAUGAGGCUGUUUCUUGAAAAUAAAUAAAUAUAUAUAUAUAUAUAUAUAUAUAUAUAUAUAUAUAUAUAUAUAUAUAUAUAUAUAUAUAUAUAUAUAUAUAUAUAUAUAUAAAUAUAUAUAUAUAUAUAUAUAUACAGAAACAUACAGAUGUAUUCAUGAAAUGAGCAACAGUGUGUAUCAAUUUAAUUAAAAUUAAAGUUUGUUCGAUCAUGGUUGCAGAAAAACAAAACAAAAAAUAAACAAAAAAACAGACGUAGCAUUUUCAUGCAUACUUUGUCAACUCAGGUAUGCUAUUUUGGGAAUUUGUAAAACACAUUUUUCUAUUUCACUCAAUGUUUUGCCAAUGAAAUAAAUGCCCCAUUUUCAUUCAAA